AUGACGGGUGUUCUUCUUCCUGCGGAUCAAGUGACUAUGCAAGUAUACACCUCUCGAGAACCAGAAGAUCCCGAGUUCACGGUGGAUUCGAUUUUGCCUUUCUUAGGCCUGGGAGCCACGGAGUGUGAUCUGAAUCACUACGUGCUCCCAAUGCAGACGUCAGUUCAGACGUACGUUUGCCCGGCCUUAGAAGCGGCAGAAUCGAAGUGGAUCCCUUGGGACACGACGCUCGAAGAUUCCUUCCGGCUUCACAUGCUGGUAUGUGACAGGGAAGUCUUCGUGUCGAUGCGCCACUUUGCCAGCCUCCACAACUAUGUGAUCAACUUGGGAGGUGGUAACCCGGCCAACCGCAUCCUCACCUAUGUGGAGCUCCACUGCCUGCCACCGACCGAAACGGUCGAAGUGCUUGGUAGAAUGCAUAAGACCUUGCGCAAACUCAGGGACGACGUGGCGAUCCUGAAGACCGAAGUGCGCUUGUUGCGCCGUACGUUCGGUCAGGCAUUGGAAAACCUGGCCGCCAACUAUGAAGAGCUCGCUCCUCUGGUGGGCCUGGUCGCGCCUCCACAUAUUCAAGGAGAUCCUCAUGGAGCUGAUGAUGCAGAGCAGGCCGAUUGAAUCUUCAUCGAGCUCAUGACGCAGCAGAGCAGGCCGAAUGAAUCCGGCCGUUGCAGCGAGGCACAUAUUUUUUGGUGCAAUUUCAAUUCAGGGUAUGACACCCGCUGAAGCCAC